UUUAGAAGAUAGAUGAGCAAAAAUAUAAAAACAAGUUAGUUUUAGACGCACGCACAAAUCUGUAGCUUUGGAGGAAAAACCGGCUCAUAUAGAUCUGCGCCAGAGCAUCAGUCCUAUCCUGAGCGGAGGGGGAGACACACGCAGUAAUACAGAGGCUCCGUGAGGGAUGCACGGACUCAAAGUGAGGCGGGAAGUCAGGGAAUUUCCUUUUUCUCCCCUUGUUUCUCUAUGUCAUCGGGAUAAACAAAUGAAAGGACAAACAGUCUGACUUAGUGACUCGGACGCAUCGUGGAAGUUGGCUUUUGGACACUUUUGGAAUCCUCUGCAUCUGUAUCUGCAUCGUCCUGUCCGUCUAUCGAGGUUUUAAAUACAGCACACACAUCCCAUCCACUGCUUUUUCUUUUUUCUUUUUCUUUUUUCUUAAACUUGCACCUCUUGUCUGUUGUUUUCCAUGUGCGCAAUGGCUCGUCGUCUACACCGUCGGUCAGCUUGUCUGCGCACAGGGGUUUACCUGGAUGCUUGACUGAAAAAGAAAAAAAAAAAAAAAGAAAAAGAAACUAUUUUAACAACUUCUGUGGAUUCGACCCUCGGAGUCUGGAUACUUUGGAGAUUUCAGACACGUAUUUCAUGAAACCCUCCUGCCUUUUCUUUUGGGGGAUUUAUAUAGGAGACUGUACUGCGUUAUAGCUCGUAGCGCACUUGUGUCUGACGAUGUACUCCAGAAGGGAAUAUUGUGUGCUUUUGUUCUUGCUUAAAAGUGUUCUGUCGGACCCUGGAACCACGAACCAAGUGGUUCUGUUGGACACCACGACAGUGCUAGGAGAACUGGACUGGAAGACCUAUCCUGUCAAUGGGUGGGAUGCAAUCACAGAAAUGGAUGAGCAGAACCGGCCCAUCCACACCUUCCAGGUUUGUCAUGUGAUGGAGCCAAACCAGAACAACUGGCUUCGGUCUGGAUGGAUCCAACGACAGGCGGCACAAAGGGUAUAUGUGGAGCUACGUUUCACACUGAGAGACUGCAACUCCAUCCCUUGGGUGUCAGGCACCUGUAAAGAAACCUUCAACCUCUUCUACCUGCAGACAGAUGAACCGCUCCCUGGAGGGACUCGGUUUCGACCUACAGACUAUGCCAAAGUGGACACUAUAGCAGCAGAUGAGAGCUUCACACAGACAGACCUCGGAGACAGAGUUCUUCGCCUCAAUACUGAAGUCAGAGAAGUCGGACCUGUGACACAAAAGGGUUUCUAUCUGGCCUUCCAGGAUGUGGGUGCAUGUAUUGCUCUUGUGUCUGUCAAGGUCUUCUACAAACGCUGCCCAUCAACUUUGAGGAAUUUAGCGGCAUUUCCAGAUACUGUGCCGCACAUGGACUCGUCCUCACUAGUGGAAGUGAGGGGCGCAUGUGUGGAGAACGCAGAGGAGAGGGACACACCCAAACUGUACUGUGGUGCUGAUGGAGACUGGUUGGUACCGCUGGGUCGCUGCGUCUGCAGUAUCGGCCAUGAGGAAAUGGACAGCCUCUGCCAAGCUUGUAAGCCGGGUUUCUUCAAGGCGUACGCUGGGAACACUAAAUGCACCAAGUGUCCUCCACAUAGCUCCAGCCAUGACCAGGCCGCCACCAUCUGUCACUGUGACAAAAGCUUCUACAGAGCGAUCAAAGACCCCUCCACCAUGGCUUGCACAAGGCCUCCGUCAGCUCCCCGGAACCUGGUCUCUCUGAUCAAUGACACAGCUCUCUUCUUGCAGUGGAUGCCUCCUCGGGACACAGGAGGCAGGAAGGACAUCACUUACAACAUCCUCUGCCAACGCUGUGAUACUACCGACAGUGAAGGUGUGGUGACGCAGUGUGAGCCAUGUGAACCUGACCUGCGCUUUAUCCCACGGCCACUUGGUCUGACUGGGACAUCUGUGGCAAUCCUGGAUUUUGCAAUGCACGCAAACUACACCUUUCAUGUGGAGGCUGUGAAUGGCGUCUCUGGGCUGGGGGUAGCUGCACGCUCUCUGGCAAACGUUACGGUCAAUACACACCAAGCCGGUCCUGCACUGGUGGGUGUAGUCAGGAAGGACUAUGCCUCCCAAAACAGCAUCGCCCUCUCCUGGGCAGAAGUGGAACAGCCGCCCUCAGACAUAGUGGACUAUGAAGUCAAAUACUUUGAAAAGGAACAAGAGCAGCUGAGUUACUCGUCAACACGCACCAAAGUCCCCAGUGUAGUGGUAACCGGUCUCAGACCCUCUACUGUCUAUGUCUUCCAUGUGCGCGCUCGCACCGCCGCCGGCUACACAGCAUACAGCCCCAACUUUGAGUUUUCUACUGCAGCAGAGGAUCCUGAUAUUGCAGAUCAGGGUCAAGUUCUAGUGGUUGUCACAGCAUCAGUAGGAGGAUUCUCCUUAUUGGUCAUCCUCACUCUCUUCCUCCUCAUUACUGGACGGCACAAAAUACUGAGAGGGUUCUUCUUCUUCUGUGGUAAACUGGGCAGGUGUCAGGGGUAUAUCAAAGCCAGGAUGAAGUCAGAGGAGAAGAGAAGGACACGCUUCCACAGUGGACAUGUCCCAUUUUCUGGGAUUAAGACUUAUGUGGAUCCAGACACAUAUGAAGACCCUACUCAGGCUGUGGAGGAAUUCGCCAAAGAGAUAGACCCUUCAUACAUAUGUAUUGAGAGGGUGAUUGGUGCAGGUGAAUUUGGAGAGGUCUGUAGUGGUCGAUUACAUAUACCUGGAAGGAUAGAUGUAGCUGUGGCAAUAAAGACCCUUAAAGGAGGCUAUAUGGAACACCAGAGGAGAGACUUUUUGCGUGAGGCAUCUAUCAUAGGGCAGUUUAACAGCCCUAAUAUCAUCAGGCUCGAAGGAGUGGUCACUAAAAGCAGACCAGUAAUGAUAGUGGUGGAGUACAUGGAAAACGGAGCACUUGACUCUUUCCUCCGGAAGCGUGAUGGUCAGUUUACAGUGCUCCAGCUGGUUGGCAUGCUGCGAGGCAUCGCAGUAGGAAUGACCUAUCUUUCAGAUAUGGGUUAUGUUCACAGAGACCUUGCUGCUCGUAACAUCUUGGUAGACAAAAACUUGGUCUGUAAGGUUUCUGAUUUUGGUAUGUCCAGAGUCCUUGAAGAUGACACUGAAGCUGCCUACACCACUACAGGGGGAAAGAUACCAAUACGCUGGACAGCACCAGAGGCUAUUGCUUAUGGAAAAUUUUCCUCGGCUAGUGAUGUUUGGAGCUACGCCAUCGUCAUGUGGGAAGUAAUGUCCUAUGGCGAAAGACCCUACUGGGAGAUGUCCAAUCAAGAUGUCAUUUUAUCAAUUGAAGAAGGCUAUCGUCUUCCGGCGCCGAUGGGCUGCCCUGUGACGCUGCACCAGCUGAUGUUGCACUGCUGGCAGAAGGAGGCUGGACAGCGCCCACGCUUCAGCGAUGUGCUCUCUUUCCUUGACAAACUCAUCAUUAAUCCCGGCAGUCUGCUUACUCUUGUGAAUGAUGUACAAAGUCUCCCUGAUUCCCCAGAGGACAUGCACGACUACCCUCUUUUCAUCUCAAUCGGCGACUGGCUUGACUCCAUCAAAAUGAGCCAGUAUAAGAAUAACUUCCUUGCAGCAGGCUACACAACACUGGAUUCCAUUUCAACGAUGAGUAUAGACGACAUCAGGCGUAUUGGGGUCUGUUUGAUUGGCCACCAGAGGAGAAUCAUAAGCAGCAUACAGUCUCUUCGCCUGCAGUUUCACCACAUCCAACAGAAUGGCUUUCAAGUGUGAGACCAUUACAUAAAGACAGACUGUGUGUACACACUGAGCUGGAAACAAACCAGACUUCCUCUGCAUCGUCAUCCGACUAAUUGCAAAAACACCAGACUGUUAGGUGUAGCAGGUACCACACACUGCUCAUAUGAGAGCUGUCCUCUCCUAGACCAUAUGUGGUCUAGUUACCACACACACACGCACACUCAUCAUCUUAUGGAUCGUCAUCAGUACAGCCUCCACAACAACCAACCUCUGUCAGCGUCGGCCAAAUGCGGUCUGUUUAUUAUCUCAGCAAAUACUAGCAUUUCACUUGAAUUUAGGACUUACUUUCUCUAGUGUCUAUUCAAGUGUUCACCAAUACCUCUUCUCUCUCCAAGUGACAAUCCAAUGGUUUCUAUUGACUCUAUUGAAUGGUCUCAAGUCUGUUACCUCAUGAUCAGAGAAGAUGUGGAUAGGACAUAAGAUAUGGUGUGGUAUGGUAAUAUAUGGGACAGUAUGUGAAUUAUUAAAAUAAGUACUUUUCUGGAUGGUUUAGGAAACUAUUCAGCUGAAAUACAGAUCGGCAGUAUGGUAAAUACAAUCAUGUUUUAUGAACUGAAGACCGCUGAAUGUCAAAAGAUUUUAUAGAAAUGUAAUGUUCUAUCCUCAUGAUAAUGCAGUAUGUCUUGUACAAAAAGUCUUGUGAAAGGUGUAUGUUUUAUUCAGUAUGUUUGUUCCUUAUUAAACAACCCUAUUUUAA